UCAACAGUAGUUUGUGUUGAAGAAUACGAGAGCGAUGCAGUUAGAAUAAUAAUUGAAUUGAUCUGUGUACGUCUGCUUUAAAAUAAAUUUAUUUCGGUAAUAAAAUGGUGAGCGGUUCAUGUAUUAGUUAAAAGAGGAACUAUUUGCAUUUUACUAGUGUCUCAGAGGUAUAAUAAAAUGAAAACUUUAAUUUCAUAAGUACAAAACGUAGAGAAAUUAAGCAAAGUGCGUUUUUAUCUGUACCUGCUGCAAAUGGUCAAAGUAGGUGGAGUAAAUGAAGAAAAAGCGUAAUACAAACCAAAGUGAAGGUACCAGUGUUGCAUAUACACAUGUACAUGCAAAGAAAGUGAAGUAGCGACGUAACGGCGCUGGUCCGACUCAAAUGCCAUAGAACUUUAUGCAGUUUUACGACUAAACUGUUGUGAAAGAGUUGAAAGUAUCGUAAUUGUUACGAAUGAGAUGAUGUAAACAGUGAAUAAAUAAGAAAUAAUACCACAGCGAAAAAAUAAAGUGGCACCGAAAAACAAAACAUAAGCAGGUGAGAAGCGACAAGUCUGCACACCCUUAAGUGUAAACAAUGGAAGAGAUAUGCACAAUCUCCUAAUUGCACAAUUUAUUGCAAGUGGUAUAAAAAACAUAUAAAAUGCUCUACAAAAGAAUCCAAAAAUGGAAGUAGAAAAAAGGCAGCUUGAAUCGAGCAAUUGUAGUGGAGAUGGUGGAAUAACGAAUGUUUCUCUAAUGGCUACCAAUUCCGUAGACAAAUCAGAUAUUGAAGUUAAGGAAGAUAUGAACAAAACUCAAAAUAAUAGAACCCAAAUUAAUAAAGAUGAAAAAAGCGACGAAACAGCGAUGAAACCUAUAAAUAAUUCUGUUAGUUCUGUUAUCAAAACCAAUGAAGAAGAUUUAAAUAAGAAUGAGACUAUAUCAGAUAUAUCGGCAAAAGAACAAGAAGGCUUAUUAAUAAAAGUCACUGAAAGCAAUGAGCCCUCCAAAACUCCAAAGCUGGAAGAAAGCGCUGAAAGUGCGAAUAAAAACAGUCCUGAUUUUAAAGAGUCUAAAAGUGCAGAAAACUCAAAUGAUUUAAAUGAAUUCGAAGAUUCGCAAGAUACUGUCGAGGAUGACGAAAGUCAGAAGGAAGAAGCAUCAACGGCUGACGAUGACAACAGCCUUUCGCCUUCAACACAAUCGCAAUCACCACCACUUAGAGACACAACAAUUGCGACAUCAAAUGCAUCCAUUGCUUCGGCAAUUGGCGUAGCGGCUUCCGUAGUUGUGGCAGCUGCCGGUAUAAGAGCUUCUAUUCCAGAUACAAUUUUAUCGCCACCCAAGUCAGAAACACAAACAGAUGAUGCUAACACCGCUACAUCCUCCUCAUCACCAGCAUCGGAUUCUCAGCUCUCACCGAUGAUUACCGAAGCCGCUAUUACGAGCAGUGCAGCGCUUACGCCAACUACACCACCAGAAGCACCAGAAAUUGCUAUCUCUAAUACGGCUAAUAAUAGUGCGGAGUCAACACCAUCUAAGACAGCUACCAAGAGGGGUGUCACAACUAUUGACACAGGUGAUGAAGGUGGUGGCAAACGCGUUAUACAACCGAUUAAUCUUGUUGCAAACGGCACCAUACCCAAAUCAAGUGGGAAACCGCUAAUGUCGGCCAUGAAUAAGAAGUUGAAAGAAAAAACAACACGAGCACCAAGGCAAAGGAAACCAAAAUCUACUUUGCCUAUGUACGAAAGCGAGAUAAGCGAUAAUAAAACGGGAAUUAAAUUAUGUAUAAAGAAAUCAGAUUCUACUGGCAAUUUGGCUGCUUCAACAGGCAUUUUAGUACCAACCAUUACCGCGAAAUCGGUUGAGACUACAACAACAACUGCUCCUAAGCAGACGCGAAAACGUUCACGUAAAACGAAAUCAAAGGCACGCGUGGAUGACGACGAAAGUGAUCAUGAGGUAACGACGGGAAAGCGUGGAAAGAAUAAGGCCAGCAAUGCAGAACGUCAGAAGAAAGUCUCUUUUAGUGGCAUCGAAGAACAAGGUGAGAAACAUCGCGCCACAAUUGAACAAGGUGAUUGGGGUGCACGCAUCCCACAGGAAAUACUGUUUAAGAUUUUCGAAAUUCUAGUUGAUCGUGAAGGUUGUUUGCCAACACUUUGUCGACUUGGUCGCGUUUGUACACUGUGGCGCAAUGUUGCGCUAACGCCAUCAUUGUGGAAAACUAUGGAUCUAUCUACGUGGAUAAAGGACAAAUAUCGCACCGAACUCAAGCUAAAAUGGUUCGUAGACAAUCGAUGCAGCGAGUGUACAGAAUUGAAUGUUGCCAACUGGAAAAUGUCAGACAUAAACUGUUUUCUAAACAAAUUGGCGGUCGGUUGUCCAAAUUUAACGAGUAUUACACUGUCUGGUUGGAAAGGUUUCACAUCAGAUCAUUUGGCUUAUUUAGCCGAAAAUAUGCAAAAACUGGAACGCCUUGAUUUGAGUUCGGUUAAUGUGGAAAUGAAUGCGAGUAAGAGCGCCGUGGGGCCACAGUCGCUGUGCAAUGCACUACAAAUAAUUAAUAAACGUUUAACGCAUCUAUAUUUGGCACAUAAUCGGCUGGCCGGAAUCCCACAAAUAGUCGCUACUUUGGCUACACAUUGCCCCAAUUUGGUGAACUUAGAUCUCUCAAAUGUUACAACACAAGCGACUUCACACGGCAUCUUUCACAUUGAGAAGCUUCAGCAUGGCUGCCCGAAAUUGAAAGUACUACGUGUCACCAAUUCACACAUAACAUGGGGAAAUGCAACACUGCAAGAAGCGAUGGACUCGCCUGGUUUCCCAGAACUCGAGGAACUCUCGGUGGCAGCUUUAACUGAUGAAUGUCGUGUUAUCGGCGAUGACCAUUUGCAGCGCAUAUUAAAAACCAGUUCGCAACUAAAACUCUUGGAUGUGCGCGGUUGCGCACGACUUACACACGAAAGUCUUAUACGCCUACCUGCGUGGGACAUCAAGCAUUUAUUUUUGUCAUUUUGCUCAGUGACACGUGAUGUUAGCUCCGGCCUCGAGCUGAUCGCUUCGAAAUGGGCUCAUAGUCUUAUAGAAUUAGAUUUGGCUUGGGCGAAUGUGCAGCAGCCACUUGACAAUGCAUUACGUGCAUUAGCCGAAAAGGGCAGCGAAUCGCCUUUAGCGCAUUUGAAUCUCUGUGGUUCGUCGGUUUCAGAUGAAGCAGUUAAGGAAAUACUUGCAAACUGUGCGCACAUGAGUUCGAUAAAUCUGUCGUCGUGCCGUGGUCUGCCGCGCGGUGUCAAGCGUCUCAUGCAAGGUCAACAAGAAUUACAAGAAUUGCGUGAAGUGCUUAAGGUGCAGAUGAAAGUAAAAUUGCCCGCUCAAAUAAAGCAAGAGCAAGAGGAGGAGGAGCGACAAAAGCGCUUCGAACAAAGUGGUGCAUCCACCGAUGCUGAUAGCGGAGGUGGAGGUGAUGGUGGUGGUGGUAAUGCUCAAUCCAAUUGAAGUAAAGACAUUACCACAAAAAUAAAAAGGCAAAAAAUGUGCGUUAGUAUGAAACAAUUUGUAACACAAAGAAUAUAAAUUUGUAGCUUAAACUAAAACUAUGAACGCGAAGAAUAACUUCAAUUAAUAUUAGAUUUCAUUAUGGUGUAUGACCAUUUUCAGUUUUCUUAUUAUUAGCACACACAAAAAAAGCGUUAAUUGGCGAGUAAGCAUUAUAUUGUCUAGAUUUAUUCGUUUUAAAGAACGAAAGCGUGUGCAAAUGUUCUGCUGCUGGUGGCAAGAGACAUUAAAUUCUCGUAUUUUAGCAUUAAUGCGUGCAAAUUUUUAUUGUGUGUGUUUUUUUUGUGCAUCACACUCACACUGGUAGCUUCCAAAUUGAACACGGAAUUUUGUAACUAUUAUGUCAUUUGGCACUACUUUAUAACUUAAUUUUUUUUAUAUGUAUACCUACAAUUAAGUAAGACUUUAAGUCACCGCCUAUUCAUUGAUUUAUAUUUUUAUUAUCAAUUUGGUCACAUUUAUACAAUUAUAUAUAUAUUUGCAAUAUACACUUACACCUAUAGUCGCUGGAAUCCCUGCUAGUGUUAAUUUUUUAGUUAUAAUUUGAAAAAGUUUAAGAAAAGAACGUAUUAAGUUUUGUUUACAGUUAUUAUUGCUACGAAUUUUCAUUUAAAUUACAACAUUUUGUGUUUCUUUAAAAAAUAUGUAAAAGCUUAAACAUUGCAAAGAAAAUUAUGUUAUAGCAUGUAAAAUAUUAAGUGUAAAUUAAGCUAAAGUAUCGAUUUAUUCGAUAUCAAUUAUCGAACGUUAUGAAAUCAGUCAGUUAUCUACAUUUAUUCUAUGAUUAAAUUUUACUCUAUACACACAUAUAAUUUUAAUUAUAUUAUAUUUUCUAUAUAUGAGAACCUUUGCAAUAUAAAAAGAAAUAUAUAUAUAAAAAUCACCUCAAAUGAAAUCAAUAAACGAAAUGUUAAACAAAAGUUAAUUGGUAUGAUUUUCGCAAAUAUUAUUUAGUUAGCGUUAAAAGCCAAUUGGCGUUUUAUUUUCUUUAAAUUGAAAGCCGAUUAAAUUAACGGAUUUUUUUUUCUAAAUUGAAAUAAAACACUAUCCAGAAAUUGUAUUUGAAUUAAAAAUUGUAUAACUGUCUAUUUGGCUGGGCGUGUGAACACAAUAUAAUAAUUUUGUUUUUAUAAAUUAAAUUGUUAGGUUUAUAGACAUACAUUUCAAGUUUUAGUUUAUAAAAUGACGCCGCUCUGCACUACCACUAUUUCUCAAAAUCGUUGGCCUUAGAUUAUAAUCUUUGCUUUCAUUGUUGUCACUUAAAAAUUAAAUUCUUUUCUAUCUGAAUAGCUUAAGUUUAAGUUAUCUAUUUUCCAAAAUUUACGCCAUUACGAGUAUAACGGUAUGGUUUUUUUAAUAAACAUUGGUAAUUACUUCGCUUUUAUAAUCUUUAUAAUACAUCAACCAAGAGAAAUGUUUGAAUUGAAUUUUUUCAUAAAAUUAAAUGCAUUAAUUUACAAUUUUAUUAAAUAUAAGUAUAUACAUACAUUAUUUGAGCUGCAGACAUGUCUUAAGCGAAAAGAUGAAAUGAAAUAUUCCAUAAUAGGAUUUGGAAUUUGUAAAUAGAACAAAAGCAAGUGAUGCAAAUAGUGCAAUUUUCAAAAUUAAAUCCACAAUCUGCUUCUCUAGUUGUAUGAUUUUGUUUUACACAAUCAACAAUUGUAUUAAUAAUAAAAAAAUUGUUAAACAUUAAUAUUAAUAUUGAAUAAGCAAUUAAGAAUUAAAAGUGCAUAAUAUUUAAUUUAAAUAAAAGAAAC